AUGACUCGUGGAGAGUAUAACUCAGUAAAAUUGAGAUUACAAUAUGAGUAUGUUGUAGCGAAUUUUACCUGUCAAAUGCAUGCCUCUCUAAGAACUGAAGAGCAUAUUGCAAUUGCAACAACGACAUCAGGAAUUGCUGCAACCAUGAUGCCAGGUGGGCGGACCGCUCAUUCUAGGUUCAAGAUACCCGUACCAUCUGACUUAACAUCUACGUGUGACAUACCUGUGGACACUGAUUUAGCAGAUCUCAUUCAGAAGGCCAGCCUGAUUAUUUGGGACGAAACGACAAUGACAAACCAAUAUGAAUUUGAAGAUUUAGAUCGGACAUUAAGAGAUGUAACUAAUGUCGAGCAACCAUUUGGAGGUAAAAAAUUUGUUUUGGGUGGUGAUCUUCGUCAAGUGUUUCUUGUAAUUGAACGCGACACCCAAGCACAUGCAGUAAGUGCAUGCUUAACCAAUGCAAAAUUCUGGAAGGAUGUCAAGGUAAUUCAUCUCAAAGAAAACAGGCGUUCAAGGUUGGAUCCCGAUUUCUCGGAAUUCUUGCUUCGCAUUGGAGAUGGAGUUGAGCCGUAUGUUAUGGAAGACAUGGUGAAACUUCCAGAUGACCUUAUGUUGGAAUGGGAUGGAGAGCAUGUUAGGAGAUUGAUUGACGAGGUUUUCCAAAGACUUGAAUAA